UUUUUAUGAAAUUCCGGCAUAUCACCAUACAAAACUAAUUUAACUACCUACAAUAAUUCCUAUAAAUAGCACUCUCCUUCUUUCUCAUUCUGCAUACUCAAAACAUAUUUAUUAACGAAACACACAAAGUGAUACAAAAGAGAAAGAGAGAGAGAUGGAGAACUUCCCAGUGAUUAGCUUAGAGAAUGUCAAUGGUAACGAGAGAAAGGCUAUUCUUGAUCAAAUUGAAGAUGCUUGUAAGAAUUGGGGAUUUUUUGAGUUGGUGAAUCAUGGAAUAGAAGAGGAGCUAUUGGACAGAGCGGAGAGGGUAAACAAAGAGCAUUACAGAAAAUGCAUGGAGCAGAGGUUCAAGGAGUUUGCGGCAAGCAAGACCUUAUUGGAUUGGGAGAGCACCUUCUUCUUGCGCCAUCUUCCGGAAUCUAACAUCUCUGAGGUCCCUGAUCUCAGUGAUGAGUACAGAGAUGUAAUGAAGGAGUUUGCAGUGAAGCUGGAGAUUCUUGCAGACCAGCUGCUUGAUCUUUUGUGUGACAAUCUUGGAUUGGAGAAGGGCUAUCUCAAAAACGCCUUUUCUGGAUCAAGAGGUCCUUCUUUUGGGACUAAGGUUGCUAACUACCCUCCAUGCCCUAACCCUGACCUUGUUAAGGGUCUCCGGGCCCACACCGAUGCCGGCGGCAUCAUCCUUCUUUUGCAGGAUGACAAGGUCAGCGGCCUCCAGCUUCUCAAGGAUGGCAAGUGGGUGGAUGUUCCUCCCAUGCGCCACUCCAUUGUUGUUAAUCUUGGUGACCAAAUUGAGGUGAUCACAAAUGGAAAAUACAAGAGUGUGGAGCACCGUGUGAUAACACAAACAAAUGGGACAAGGAUGUCCAUAGCAUCAUUCUACAACCCUGGAAGUGAUGCUGUGAUAUACCCUGCACCAUCAUUGUUGGAACAGAAGGCAGAAGAAGGAGGAGGAAACCAACAAUACCCGAAGUUUGUGUUUGAGGACUACAUGAAGCUCUAUGCUGCACUCAAGUUCCAAGCUAAGGAGCCAAGAUUCCAAGCCAUGAUGAAGGCUUCACUUCCUGCUGCAACAGCAUAAUUAAUUUCAGCUGUGUUUUCUAAGAUUGUAAUAGCUUUUAAGAAGAAAAUUUAGUUGUGUGGAAAUGAGUACUUGGGAAUAAUGCUUGUUUCUUUCUUUUCUUUUAUCCUUGUCUAUGUCAAAGCUCACAAGAAACAUCUUGGUUGACACUGUUGUUAGGGGAUCCACUGAUAUAGAUGCUUUUUAAUAAUGCUUGCAACUAUAUAUACGAAUUUAAUAUUUAGUCAAAAUGAAUGAAAUGUUCUGACUUUUGUAAUAA